AGGGGCUUUUGGCCCUCCCUGAUUUUGGCAGGCGCAUGUCCUUGUGGAGAGUCGGGCUUAUUUGGAAAAUAGGGAGUUGUCAGGCGGAAGAGAAGACUUGGCUUAAUAUUACAUUAGCCUAUCCAAAGCUCCCACUGCAAGUUUUCUGUGGCAUGUGUUUAAAACCUACAGCAGGCCUAUAACUAGCAUAUAUCUCAAACCGAGUUUAUAAGCCAAGGAAUUUGUUGACGGGGAUUUAUCAUCUUAAUAGCCAUCCCUCUGGAAAGCGCUGGUGUGCUGUCAUUGCGUAAACGCAUCCCCCACCUCCCUCGAAAGUGCUACUUCUGGAGGACUGGAGCGGACAUCACUGGACGUCUCACCUCCCUAACACAGUCUGUCUCCUACAUAUGUUUGACUCUCCACCUCUAUCCAGCCGACAGUGAGUCAUCCCCGGUAUAGCCAGUCGACCCGCCACUCCCGGUGGGUUCUCGUGCGGAGGAUGGAGACAAACCCCAUUCCCGUGGUAACGGUCCAGACGAGCCCGUUUGAUGACCAGCGGCCCGGUACUAACGGGCUGCGGCGGAAGACGGCUGUGUUCGAGGGCAAGAAGAACUACCUGCAGAACUACAUCCAAAGUGUACUGUCGUCCAUCGACCUGAGGGACCGCCAGGGAUGCACGAUGGUGGUAGGCAGCGACGGACGCUACUUCAGCCGAGCAGCCACGGAGAUUAUAGUUCAGAUGGCCGCUGCCAACGGGAUUGGUCGGCUGGUGAUUGGACACAACGGCCUCCUCUCCACCCCUGCUGUGUCCUGCAUCAUCAGGAAGAUCAAGGCUAUUGGUGGAAUCAUCCUGACAGCCAGUCACAAUCCAGGAGGCCCCGGGGGAGACUUUGGGGUCAAAUUCAACGUGGCCAAUGGAGGCCCGUCUCCAGACACGGUGAUGGAGAAGAUUGCCCAGGUGAGUAGGACCCUGGAGGAGUAUGCCAUAUGUCCUGACCUCCGCAUUGACCUGGCCAGGCUGGGGCGCCACGACUUUGACCUGGAGAACAAGUUCAAACCCUUCAGAGUUGAGAUAGUGGACUCGGUGGAGUUGUACCUCAACCUCCUGAGAACCAUCUUUGACUUCAACGCCAUCAAGAGUCUUCUGACAGGACCUGAACAGCUGAAGAUACGCAUAGACGCCAUGAACGGAGUGAUGGGUCUGUACGUGCGCCGUAUCAUGUGUGAUGAGCUGGGGGCUCCUGCCAAUGCGGCUGUCAACUGUGUCCCCAUGGAGGACUUUGGGGGCCGGCCUCCAGAGCCCAACCUCACAUACGCAGCCCCAUUGGUUGAUGCCAUGAAGGGCGGAGACAUUGGUUUCGGAGCUGCGUUCGAUGCAGACGGGGACCGGUAUAUGAUCCUGGGUGAGAAUGGUUUCUUUGUGAACCCUUCAGACUCCUUGGCUGUUAUGGCUGCCAACCUCUCCUGUAUCCCCUACUUCAGACAGCUGGGACUAAAGGGCUUCGCUAGGAGUAUGGCUACCAGCACUGCCCUAGACAGUGUGGCCAAGGCCCUGAAGGUGGCUCUGUAUGAGACUCCUACAGGCUGGAGGUUCUUUGGGAACCUGAUGGACUCCGGGAGGUGCUCGCUCUGCGGAGAGGAGAGCUUCGGGACAAGUUCAGACCACAUCCGUGAGAAGGACGGUCUGUGGUCGGUGCUGGUGUGGCUGUCCAUGAUGGCUGCCAGGAAACAGGGCGUGGAUGAGAUCGUCAAGGACCACUGGGCCAAGCUCGGACGCAACUACUUCUGCAGGUUUGACUAUGAGGGCGUGGACCCCAGAGCAGCCUUCUAUCUGAUGAGGGACUUGGAGGGGGUGAUCACAGACAAAGCCUUCCCAAGCCAGAAGUUUGCUGUGGGGAACACCGUCUACAGCGUGGACCGGGCUGAUAACUUUGAGUACGUCGACCCGGUGGACGGAACCGUGGUCCGCAACCAGGGUCUGCGGAUCAUCUUCACUGAUGCGUCCCGUCUGGUCUUCCGUCUGAGUGGAAGUGGGGGAGGGGCCGGGGCCACAGUCCGGAUCUAUGCAGAGAGCUUAGAGAGAGACCCCGAGAGACAAAACAGAGAAACUCAGGCGGUGCUGGGUCCCCUCAUUGCCAUCGCCCUGAAGAUCUCUGACAUCCACGAGAGGACAGGACGCCGCAGCCCCACCGUCAUCACCUGAGCUCUGCUCCACCACACACACACACACACACACACACACACACACACACACACACACACACACACACACACACACACACACACACACACACACACACACACACACACACACACGAGUGCUCCCACCCACAAAACACACACGCAUCUCUAAGGCCACCACGUCCUCCUGCUUGUUGUCACACCUGGGGCCAAUAGCAAGCAAGCGCUAUUCACUCUAUUUAUAUCAACAUUUUAAAUAUUAUUUGGUCUGCAAAGAAAAGAAGCAAGCUGUGUAUUUCAGCAGUUGAAAAGACACAAAUUGUUAAUAUCAUGCUUCUGUUUUGAAAGUUUUGUGUUCUGGAUGUGUGAAAUUACAGCCACAAAGCCUGUGUCUUUAUCUAUCUAUGUGUGUGUGUGUGUAUUUGUUUGCCUUAUCAUUCAUUAUAAAGGCGACUGACGGAAUUAAAGGCAGAAGUCCAGUUGUUUAUACAA